AUGUCCCGGGUUCCAUUGGGGAAAGUCCUCCUGAGAAAUGUCAUCCGGCACACAGAUGCUCACAAUAAGAUUCAGGAGGAAUCAGAUAUGUGGAAAAUAAGAGAACUAGAGAAACAGAUGGAAGAUGCUUACCGGGGAACCAAAAGGAAAAUGUUACCUAGCAGUUCAAGCCGGAUGCGUAGUGAUGGUUUUGAUGAAGAAAGUCAGAGAGACUAUUGGAAGCCAAGGCAUGAAAUUUCUGGGACAUUGGAAGAUGAUUUCCUUAAAGCUAAAUCUUGGAACAAGAAGUUGUAUGAUUAUGAAGCUAACAUGCCAGACAGAUGGGGUCACAGUGGUUAUAAAGAGCUAUAUCCUGAAGAAUUUGAAACAGACAGUAGUGAUCAGCAAGAUGUUAUCAAUGGAAAAAAGCUAUCACCCCAGGUAAAAGCAACUACCCAUGAAUCCCGCAAACGCAAGAAAUCAAAGAAAUCGCACAAAAAAAAGCAGAAAAAGAAGUCACAUAAAAAACAAAAGAAAAGCAAAAAGGAAGCCGUAGACGUAACAGCCAACUCUUCAAGUGAGCUGUCAGAAGAAACUGAAGCUUCCAGUACCAGGAAAAGGAAGCAGCCACAUAAGCGCAAGAAAAAAUCCAGAAAAAAGUCUCUCAAGAAACCAGAUUUGUUUUUAGAGUCAGAAAGUGACACUUCUCAGUCAGAAGACUCAGCGUCCUGCAGUUCUGAGGACAGUCAAGAAAGAGACACUAAGAAAGCCAAAAGGAAAAAGAGAGAGAAAAAAGUUCAUCUCCCUAUGACUAACAAUGAAAUACAGGAAAGGACAAACAAACGCACAAAUUGGAAAGUAGCUACAGAUGAAAGGUCUGCUGAGAGUUCAGAGGAUGACUAA